AAAAGAACUGCUUACUUUUUAGAUAUAAACGAGUGCAAUAACAACCCUUGCAAGAACGGAGCUACCUGUGAAAAUCUUCAGGGAAGUUAUCGCUGCAAAUGUAAACCAGGAUUUACCAACAAAAACUGUCAAACAGGUAAUUGCUUUUUUUACUUAAUAAACCAACAAUGGUGAGGUAACAGGCUGCCCUCGCGAUUUUUGACCAAAACACUUACGACAAGGUUAUUUGCUAGUAUGGACUGAAUUUAAAAAAGCCUCAAAAAUUCCGGCCUUAACUCUCACAGGUAUAGUAUAACAUAAAGAGAGCGUGCACUCGGAACAGCUCUUGUGUAUUGAUCGAGGUUUACUUGUGCACAUGAACAAAGGGCGGAGUUUGAUGUCUCACGCUGCGCGUUUACGCGCGUAGACCCGUCUGAGCGCCUCCACUAAAGUCUGUUGUUCAGUUUAUCUAGAAGCGUUAUAUGAUUAUUAUGGGAUAAAGCGCUCCCUGGCUCCAAUAACAUUCAAAAUGGCCGCCAUCUUGGAGUUGACUGAAAGUUCAGAUUUUGUUCAAUUGGAGGGUUAACUAGUUAUUUUUUGUGCUUGAGGUCGUAAAUAUGCUUAUUCAAAAGGUUAUUAAACAAAACUAAGUGUUUUAUGGUGACAAUGACUUUAUUCUUGCCGUCAUAGAUGUAAAUGAAUGCAAAGGAAAACCCUGUCAAAACGGGGCCACGUGUGUGAAUACAUUUGGGAGUUACCGCUGUCGGUGUGCGUCUGGGUACAAUGGCCAACACUGCCAAGCAGGUAUUGUGGCUGCAUUUAUUUUCUUCAUAUAACCGCAUCCUUUCAAGGUAAUGACCUUGUGCGCGCUCCGCCCGAAAGGAACUUGUUUAGACUUCAGGUAAAUGAAAGGGUAGGAACAGCUCAGUGUCAUUUCAAAUUUUUAAAAGAGUAUAUAAAAGUAUUUCAAAGAUACGCAUCUUAUGACUGCCAAAAUGCUUAGACAACCUUCUGCUUAGGGACAGUUACAGCAGUUAAAGGGAAUGUAGUGUUUUUGUUAAAAAAAAAAAACUAUCCUUUCCUAAAUUUAGAAAUUGUGCCUUUCCUUUCCUUUGCGAAGGGGUAUCAUUCUUUCGAAAAUGGUAAAUUAAUGGGUAAGAGUUGGUCCUCGGAGUGGAACCUUUAACUCGUUGAGUGUCCUAAACAUUUCUCUGUGAAAGGAUUCUAUAAGAAAAUUAAAAAAUACGCCGGAAUACCACCUUUAAAAUUAAUGUUGAAGAUUUACGCUAAAUGAACAAAGCAAUACGAGACUAAAGAAACUAAUGAAGAUAGAGACAAAAAGACUGUAUAAAGUGAUGACAAUAUCAAUGUUUUUUGUCGGUUUUUUUUAAAUAGACAUCGACGAAUGUAAGACUAAGCCAUGCAUAAACGGAGGAAAAUGCGAAAAUCUUCCCGGAAGCUAUCGCUGUAAUUGCCGAUCCGGAUUUAUGGGAUAUCAUUGUCAGACAGGUAAUGGUAUUGAUUUUUUUGGUGUGUGUUUAACAAUAAACUCUUUUAAAUGUUAUUAUGUUCAUAAUUAAAAAUAUUCUUUACAACAUUUUUGUAUUUCAUUCUUUAAUAAUAAGCUUGUUCCAUGACCAGAGAUAUGGUACUUGUAACAUUUUGUAUAGACUCUCAGUUCUGUUAUCCCAAUAAGAAAUUAGCAAUUUAGAUAUUUUUAUUCAUUUUUUUAGUAUCUUGUUAUAGCAAAUCAUUCCUCUCCACCCCAGACUGACCCUGUUAGCUUGAAAUUCGGUGAAAUAUAUUUCUUCCUCUAAAUUUUCAGAUAUCGACGAGUGUUACAGUGCUUACAAUCCUUGCAGAAACGGAGGAACUUGCGUGAACUCUGUCGGAGGCUAUAGCUGUCAUUGUAAAGCUGGGUAUUCUGGAAUCAAUUGCGAAAUUGGUGAGAAACGUUACUCUUUAAUUUAAGUUUGAACAAACCACACAUCAAAGAACACAUCAGUUUGCAAGCAACUUUAGAAACAAAUGUUAAAAAGGUCCUUCCUUCUAAUGGUCAUCGUCAUCGUUAUAAUCACAAUCAUAAUCCGGUCGUUAUAAUCAUCAUCUAGUCAGUAAUCUUCAUUAACUAUUAAAUAUUUUUAUCCUCAAUAGAUAGACAGUUAAUUGUAAGUACAAGCUGUCCCGCAUCCACUUUCUAACUAUCCUUUGCGAAUUAUGUCUCUUUUUAUUCCCCUACUCUCCAUACAUAACGCUGAAGGAGGUUGCUGUGCACUUUUUGUUAGAACCUUGCUUCAUAUUUCAGCCCAUUAAAAAAAUGAUAAUAAUUAAUGUUCUGUUUGAACAAAAUUGUGUUUAUAGAUUAUAAAAACGUUGGCUGCUAUAAAGAUACUUCAAGCCGGGCAAUUUCCACUCUCGAAGGCAACGAUACCAUUUUAGAUGGUCAAUACUCAAGCCGUAAAAACCCGAUAGCUAAGUGCGCUUUAGCAGCUCGCAAGAAAGGUUACAGGAUGUUUGCAAUUCAAGAUGGAGGAUGGUGUGCAUCUAGUGCGACUGCUGGGAAAACGUUUAACAAAUAUGGCAAGAGCAAUGCGUGCCGACAAGGAGAAGGUGGUGCUUGGGCAAAUGAUGUGUACAUUCUCCAAGGUCAGUGA